GGGGAGGAGCGCGCCUGUGCAGCGCCGGGAGGAGCCGCGUUACACAACCGGCCGCCGCAAUAGGCGAGUUUCACAAGUCCCGCCGCAGCUCGCCGGCAGCCCGCGCCCACCGCCCCCCACCCCCCACCCCGCACAUGCCAUGUCCCCUCCGGGCAGCGGGAGCCCCGGGCGGGCGGUAACCCCUGGUGCCGGCGGGGCACCGCGCCGGGGCCGGGCAUGGCACUGAGAGCGGUUCCGGGACGCGCAUCCUCCCAGACGGAUUAAUUUUUCUCUGUCUCUAUUUACAUGGUGAUAAGAAGUGCUAACCCCACUCCGACAGUCUGGACUGAUGAAUCUGAGGAAUAGAACAGAGCCCUGUGUUGUGUAAACGAACUGAUGGAUGAAGAUGAGAAGGACAGGGCAAAGAGGGCAUCACGCAACAAAUCUGAAAAGAAGAGGAGAGACCAGUUCAAUGUCCUCAUUAAAGAGCUUUGCACGAUGCUGCAGGGUCACGGCCACCCUCUCAAGAUGGACAAGUCCACAAUACUGCAAAGGACCAUUGACUUCUUACAGAAACAGAAAGAAAUCACAGCACAGACAGAAGCCUGUGAAAUUAGACAAGACUGGAAGCCUUCAUUUCUUAGCAACGAGGAGUUCACCCAGUUGAUGUUAGAGGCACUAGAUGGCUUUCUCAUUGCUCUUACCACUGAUGGGAUUAUUAUUUAUGUAUCUGAUAGUGUUUCAUCUCUGCUUGGACACUUACCGUCAGAUUUGGUGGACCAAAAUAUAUUAAACUUUCUGCCUGAGCGGGAGCAGAGUGAGGUGUACAAGCUCCUUUCUCCACAUGUGCUCAUGACAGAUCCUGUUGCAGCUGAUUUUCUAAACGCUGAAAAACAAAUAGAGUUUUGCUGCCAUUUAGCAAGAGGCAGCUUAGAUCCAAAUGAACCCCUGAUGUAUGAAUAUGUGAAAUUUGUAGUGGAUUUUAAAUAUUUUACUCAUGUGCCUACACCCUCCUGUAAUGGCUUUGAGUCAGCUAUUGCACGAGCUUUCAGGUCAGCCACGGAGGAGCAGAUUUGCCUUGUAGCAACUGUUCGUCUUGUCACACCACAGUUCUUAAAGGAGCUCUGCAAUGUUGAAGAGCCAUGUGAAGAAUUUACAUCGAGGCAUAGUUUGGAAUGGAAGUUUUUAUUCUUGGACCACAGGGCUCCACCUAUUAUAGGAUAUUUACCCUUUGAGGUUCUGGGAACGUCAGGGUAUGAUUACUACCACGCAGAUGACCUGGAGCUUCUUGCUAGGUGCCAUGAACACUUGAUGCAGUUUGGAAAAGGAAAGUCCUGUUACUAUCGGUUCCUGACCAAAGGCCAGCAGUGGAUAUGGCUGCAGACACACUACUAUAUCACCUAUCACCAGUGGAAUUCCAAACCUGAGUUCAUCGUUUGCACUCACCUGGUAGUUAGUUAUGCGGAAGUUCGAGCCGAAAGAAGGCGAGAUCUUGGCCUUGAAGAGUCAUCAAUUGAACUGGCAUCCUCUUCUCUGAAGAGCCGCAGCAGCUACCUGGACGUGGGGCAGUGCGGCAGCAGCCAGGACGCCAGCCGGGAGGGAGUGUCGCUGUCGUCCCACAGCUCCCGGCGCUCCUCGCACACCGCCCUCUCCGACUCCGCGUCCACAUCAUCCAUGCGACACACGGACACCAGCACGCCCACCCGACCGUCGGUGCCAGGAGGACAGGCGGAGAAGGCAGCCCUGCGGCUGGCAUCAGCUGGAAGCGCUCAGGCCAUAGCAGCUGCUCAGACCACUGGUGAACACCUCCCUCAGCAUCCUGUGGCUCAGCUGGCGGUCCCCUCUCAGCACACCGUGAUGCCAGUUUACCAUUUCCCAACCCAGCUGGGGAUGAUGCAUCAGCUGAAAGAGCAGCUGGAGGAGAGGACUCGCAUACUGCAAGCUGACAUCAAGACACAACAAGAAGAGCUCCACGUCAUCAAGGAGCAGCUCCAGCUAGUGCAGGACUCCAACCUGCAGAUGCUGAUGCAGCAGCCGAUCCCCAUCGUCUUUAACAACGUGCAGCACCCGAGCCCCAGGAGGCCGCCGCCGCCCGGGACGCCCCGGCAGACCACAGCCAAGAAGUCACAACAGCAAGGCCUGGCGGGGACGAAGCACUACUGCAGCACCCGCCUGCCGUCACCGUGCCAAUUCCUCAGGGACCCCUGCGGCACGGCUGCCCAGGUGCAGCAGCAGCAGCAGCACCUAAUGAGAGGAAACCAAGCCCAACAAACGUGUCUGCCGGGGCAGACGAGCAUUUCAGUGCCCCUCUACAACAACCCCAUGGUGUUUUCGCAAACGCAUCCCAUUACAGUGGCUGCACAGGUGCCGACUGACGGCGGUGAAAGGCAACCACAGUCUGACUACAGCCAGGACAGGAGCCUCAGGAUGCUGCUGGAUCAGUCUAUCCAAGCCAUGAUGCCCGCCGCCAGCAGCAGCGGCCAGGCCACACAGAGCAGUGCCAGCAGGCAGCAAGGAAAAUUCGUUGCAGAGCAGCAGAUCUUGCCUCCCUCGAUACAGAUGCAACCAGUUACCUGUAGCACCGUCCGCCCUCCAGCCCCGUCGCCCGUUUUCUCCCCGUCUCUGAUGAUCCCACACACCAGCUUCACAUCCCACCAGGCGAACACACCAGUUCAUCUCCACCAGUGGCCACAGCAACAGGUUCAGCAGCACCGUCUCUACCUUCAGAUGCAAGGUCCAGAGCCGGUGCCUGGGGGUCCGACACAGCGCAUUUUCCAGCCCCCCCACGCCCCGCAGCAGAACCCCCUGAGCUACUUCUUGCACCCGCAGCAGCAGAGCCGCCGCGCGCAGGGCCAGGCCUGCAACCUGCCGGACCUGCCCGAGAUGCAGCUGCCCUGAAGGCUGGGGCCGGGAGGCAGGGACCAGCUGGGCUGCAGCUGCCCGGCGCCCCGGGCGCCCCCCCAGGGGAGGACGACACCGUCAGAGCACGGGACGGGUGAGGUCGGGCCCCGUGGGUGGGGUGGUGGCUGCGGGGGGACACGGUCCCCGCGGCGGGCGGAUGGCUCCAGGGGCACGGCGGCGGUUGGAAUUUCCUCGCAGCCGGUCCGUGAUGCUGCUCCGGCGGCUGGACGUGCCCUUGCCCAGCACAGUGGUACGACUGGGAGGCAACGGCUCUCUGGCUGCAGGGAGGUUAGUUAUCAGGUCACCGUGAAGAUUGCUUUGCAAUGGAGAAAACCCUUUUCCAUUCAGAACUUCAAUGCUGAAAGUCACUGUGAAUUUAAGCCCGGUGUUUGGAGCACACACAGACUGUACCGGUCCGCAGGACACCGUUGGAUUACCAUGUACAUAACUCGUUUCGCUGUAGUAGGUCCACUGUGGAUUUUUUUUUUUUUUUUUCUUUUUUCUAUACCUCAGUCCCGCAAUGUUUUAUUUUCCAGGAGAUUGGAUAAUGCUGCUAAUCUACAUAACACCACUUUUGCCUGAAUUUCUUACUGUUGUUAUACCAGCUCACAUCGCAGCUAGUAAGAUAUUUGUCAUGUUUUAUUUUCGUUAACAAGUGCAGAUAAAUUUAUAUGGUUUUUACGCCCUGUAGCCAAAUAUUUCUCAGGUUACAGACAAAGAAUCCUUACUUGUUCUUUUUUUUUGGUUGUUUUGUUUCAAGUGAUGUAGUUGUAUAUGUUUCUAUACAUGAAGACAAACAAACAAGCAUAGAACAACAUAUGACAGCAAACUUUGUGGUUUUGCUAGGUCAUGUUUCAAUUUGGUGAACCUGAAACGUACGAUCACAAUGACACAAGUGAUGUUACAAGCCCAUAGGGUCAGCAAUAAAUUGUAUUUUUGUAAAUUGCCACUUUUUAACUAUAAGUUUAUAUUUAUGAAUUGAAAAAAAACAGUUUAUUCCUCAGUGGGUGUAUAGUUAAGUGUCCCUACUGUUUGUGUCUUUCCAAAGGAAAAAUGGAAAUGUACAUUUCUGAGGCGUUAGUAGCUGAGUACUAACUUUGGGCACUGUUAGAGCCCAAACAUAGGAGAUGGGUUAGGCCAUUACUGUAAGCUUUGCAGGAAAAUGGUUAGUUACGGCCAGGUCCUUCUAGCAGCAAAGCUCCCUUGGCAGUCAGGGCAAGGUUUAGGGGUGGGUUCAUAACCUCUGUUGAAUCCAAGCGAAGCGUGUUGGUUUUUAUUUUUUUGUAUUUGUUUGCUUUUUUUUCUUGUGCAAGCUGCUUUCUUGGCUCGUAAUGCCACCACAGCAUCUGGAUGCUGGUGCUUACUGAUGGUGCAGCCUUUGGCACGAGCAACCCCAGGCAGCCCUGUGGUUCAAGAAAAGGGGGGGGAAGUGGAAAACUUAGCAUGCAAAAAAAAAUUAGGUAUGGCUAACAGUACGUAUAUCUACAGCUAGAGAGAUCUAAUGCUGUAGAUCUAUAGCUAGCUAGCUAACUUGCUUUCUCACACCAGCCACGCGCAUUUUCUGAGCUGCAGGGAGGAUUUCGUUAGCUUUGGGGCCAGGCGUGAGCGUGUGGGCUUGGUAGCACAGGCAGAAAAGCCUGACUGUAUCAGCCUGACUGAAACAGGUUGCGGCAGCCCGAGUUUCCCGGAGAGCUCAGGGCUGAAACACGACCACCAGCCCCAGACCCGGUUUCGGCUGCGGCCUUCCCGCUGCCCUUAACCCUGGGGUUACGAUAUCGGGGCUUGUGCCUUGUGAGGGUGGUCACGGGCUGGGGCCACACACAGACACACACACACACACACACACCCCCCCCCCGGCACCCGGGUGGCUGCGCAGCCGCUCAUGGGCACAGCCCCAACCGCCCCCCCCAUCUCAACCCCCUGCACAGAACCGUGGCUGCAGCAGAGCCGUGGGCUGGGGGCCCCUCGCUGCUGGUAGCGGGACGCGGAGCACCUGCCUUUGCGGUCCAGUCUGGAGCUGAAAUAACAACAGCCUCGACCCUUGGCUCUUAGAGCCCCAGUCCUGGGGAGAUCAGGGGCGUCUUUCGUGCCCCGGGUGGUUUGUGCUGCAGGGUCACAGGAGGGGGGCCACAAGAAGGGCCAGCAUGGAGCCUUUGAGGUAGCACAUCUUUUUAUUUUUUUUAAUUUUUUUUUAAAGCACUAUUACUUUUAGGGUUUCCCCUUCCUCAUCCCAAGACAGUAGGGAUGCUCAUGAGUUUGGGGCAGGAGGGGUUGCUGUAUUUUUGGGGAGUUGGUGGUUGGUUUGUUUUUUUUUUUCCCCCCUAACCUCAGCACAUAAUGUUGGGGUGGGGUGGACGUGGGGUAAACACACACAUUUAUGUUGGGGCUCCCCUAGUGUACACAAUUUGUGGCCUGCAUCACCCCAACACACCAGCAUGGCUGUUCCACAGCGUGCCAUCACUGUACAUGAGCCCAGCCAUGGCAGAUGUGAAGCAAAUGUCUCUCAGAGGUGGUUGGGGUUAGGGGCUUGGGGGGGGGGGGGGGGGGGGGGGGAUGUUUUUUUUAACAGGGCUUGGUAGGGAGGUAGCCAAGGCAGAGUAGCUGUCUGGCAUUGCGGUGGCUUUGAACGCAAUUCCAACAAAAGAGGGUUGGGAAAGGUUUUGGGGGGGAGGUGGGAGGCUGGGGGAGUGCGGGCCGGGGCUGUGCCAUGGACACGACCCUUCAGAGGGCAGUGCCGGGGUCCACAGCCGGGGGGGGGUGGGGGGGGGUGGGGGGUGGCACUGCCACCCCUACUCACAGCCUCUCAGUGAGGAGCACAGGAGGUUCGCAAGGAUGUUUACAUGUUAGAUUGGCCUUGCUGAAACAAGAGACCUAAAAAUGCACUUUAUCACAUGCCCGGCAUUCCCCCUUGUUCCCAGGGCCACCCCAGCCGCUAGCCUGGCUGCUGGCGGGCAGUCCCAGGCGCUGCCACACGGGUAGAGCUGUAGUUUCCAGCCGUGCUCCAAAGGACAGAAUCCCCCAGGCUCUCUUUGGGGCUUGCUUGGUCCCAGCUCCGUCUGCCUCCAGGCUGGGGGAAGGCUGAGUCAGGGCCAUGGGAUUUUUGCCUUAUAGUAUCAUUCUCAAAAAAUAUACAGAUAGAUAAAUCGCUGUAUUCAGGUUGAUUUAGUAUUUGUUUACCUCGGUGUUAGCUACAACCCGUGUUUUUGGGACGCAUUUGGAAUUAAGGGGUGGUGGUGGGGUUGGUUCACACACCCCUGGGUGCUUACAGGACAACAAAGUGUGACGUGUGGUGACAAGCAGAGGGCAGGAACGUGACUGAUGCAGCCUGCGUUGGGGUUGGGCUCCAGUGUCAGUGUCGACCUAUUAGGCUUAAAUGUUCUGAGGCUUUCUAGUACACAAGCACCUAUAGACUAUCUCUCUCUCUCUCUCGAUAUAGAUAGAUAGAUAGAUAGAUAUACAGAUAUAUGUAUAUUAAAAAAAAAUAUAUAUCUGUAUGUACAGGUAUAUCUCUAUAUAAAAAUGUAUAUAUAGGCCACACAAUUCCAGACCUCUGAAAACACAGGCAGCUUUAAUUAAUAAAGUCUUGCACUUUUAGCAUAUCUGUACAUAUAAGCUAAAGCCUGGUGGGUAUAAUCAGGCUGGUUUGACAAACACAGUGAAAAGUUACUGUAUAUAUUGUAUAUACCCUAUGUAAAAAGAAAAAAAAAAAGGAAAAUAAGAAAAAAAUACUAGAAUUGAAUAUAAAUCUUGGUUUAUUUUAUAUUAUGUCAAAUAUAGAUACAUUUAUAAAUGUUACUAUUCUUAAAAGUAUUUUGUAAUGGGAAAAAGGAAGUGUCUUAUGAAGAUGAACAGUAAAGAUUUUAUUCUUGUCUUGAAUCUAUGUCCCUGCACAGCUCCACUGAAUGGGAGCCUGUGCAUUUUGACAAGCUUUAAACAGAUUGUACAUAGUAUUUUAAGAAAAAAAAAAAAAAAGAAGAAGAAAUAAAAUAAUACUUGUAAGAUCUCUUA